AUGACAUCAUCAUCAUUACCGGUUGGGAAACCUCAAGCAUCUCCAAAAGAUGGUAACCAUCUACCAUCUUCAACAGCUAAGAGCCCUGCACCAUCUUCAACGUUUGAUAAUCCUAGAUGUUGUUCUAUUGAACAUGAUCCUGGCCUACAUCUACCUAUAUGGAAAUAUGCAACCAAUAUGAAGGAUGAAAUCAGACAAGCAUACAUAAGAUCGGGGCCGCAUCAACCUGUGUUGCCUAAAUAUCCUCCAUCCAGGCUAAUGGUGAAAACAUCAAUAGAUGUUUUAAUCAAGCUCACAACUUCUUACAAUGAAGAGGUUGCAGGAGUCAUUUUAGAAAACGCACCCAACAACGUGAAAUACACUUCACCUGAGGUUCAGAAAGAAAUUUUACAUGUUUUUGCUGAGAAAGUGAGAAAAAAGAUAGUUGAAGAUAUUUGUGAUUCUAAAUACUGCAUAAUCGUGGACGAGGCAAGUGAUGAAAAUACAUCGUCUUCCACUUUGUAUUCUUCUAUAUGUGAAACUCUUACUUCUUACGAGCUUGUUGUUGAUAAUCUUCAUGGACAAGGGUAUGAUGGAGCUAGCAACAUGCAUGGUGAAUGGAAGGGAUUACAAGCAUUAUUCCUUAAGGAUUAUCCAUGUGCUUAUUAUAUACAUUGUAUGGCUCAUCGGUUACAACUUGCAUUGGUUGCAGCAGCUAGAGAAGUAAGCUUUGUUCAUGAAUUUUUCCACAAUUUAUCUUUCAUUGUGAAUGUCGUAGGUGCUUCUUCUAAAUGCCAAGAUGAACUACAAGUUGUUCAAGUUGCUGAAACUGCAGAAUUGUUAGAAUAUGGUGAAAUUAAUAUUGGUAAAGGGGCUAAUCAAAUUGGUACUUUAAAGCGUGCCGAAGUCUCUCGUUGGAGCUCACAUUUUACUUUUAUUAGUAGUCUUAUUCGGAUGCUUGGUAGGGUAGAGACAGGAAAAGCAAGUCAUUACUAUCUUGUUGACAGAUUGAUUCGGCUUGUGUUGACCCUUCUGGUGUCUACUGCGACUACUGAGCGUGCAUUUUCCGCCAUGAAAAUUGUGAAGAAUAGAAUACGUAACAAGAUGGAUGAUGAUUUUAUUGCUGAUAGUCUAGUUCUUUACAUCGAGAAAGAUAUCGCUGAGAUUUUUAGUUUAGACUCUAUUUUAGGUGAUUUUAAUGAUGUAAGAGAGUGUCGUGUGUAA